AUGGAACAAAAAAAGCUAUCUGAUAGUAUUAACAUAGCUUUAAAAAAAGUACAUGGUCAGUCAGUCACAGCAUCACAAGUAAAAUCAAACAGUCAAGCUUUUCAAAAUCUUCUUUUGCAAGAUCAAGCAUAUUUAUUUUUACGACAAAUUCCUGGCUCACCUCCUUACUGGCAAAAAUUCAUGUAUGAAGUAGUAGCAAUGGUUAAACAGCUGGGAAUACCAACAUGGUUCAUGACAUUAUCAUGUGCAGAUUUAAGAUGGCCUGAGCUAUUUCAGAUUAUCGCUAAAACAAAAGGAAAUGACUUAACAGAUGAAGAAGUAGAGGCACUGUCCUAUCAUGAGCGAUGUUCAAUGCUUAAUUUAAAUCCAGUUAUUGUCGCAAAACAUUUUCAAUGCCGAGUCGAAACAUUUUUCAGAGACGUUUUGCUUACAAAUACAAACCCAAUUGGUAAAAUUGUAUAUUAUGCACUCCGUAUUGAAUUUCAAAUGAGAGGUUCACCACAUUUGCACGCCUUAAUAUGGACAUCUGACUGUCCAGAAUUAACGAACAAUACAAAAGAUGCGUACAUUGAUUACAUUGAUCGAAAUGUGCAAGCAUACCUACCAGACAAAGAAACAGAUCCUCAACUUUAUGAUUUAGUAAAAACAUACCAGACCCAUAAUCACAGUAAAACUUGUAGAAAAUAUAAGAAUGUUGCAUGCAGAUUUAACUUUGGACACUUUUUUACAGACAGAACAAUUGUUGCUGAACCUUUAGCUGAAGAUAUGGAUGAUGAGAUUAAGUCGAGUAUUCUUACAAGAAGACAAGAAAUAUUGUCUAAAGUUAAACAGAAAAUUGCUGUAAAGGCUUUGAUUAAGCAUGCAAAUGGUGAUUUUUUAAGUAAAAAUGUAAGUUUGCAUGAAUGGUUAAAGGGCGUAAACUGAAGCAAAUUGUCUGAAAUUUUGUACAGUAAUUAAACACCCAACAAACUCUCCAUCUGUUAACUUAAAAUAUGAUUAAAGCUUUUAAAUUUCGUGUGCAAGCCAUUUUUAGUUUGUUGGAAAAGACACACACCCCUGGUUCACAAAAUUUGAGUUCGAGAAAUUUUUUCCAUUUUUUUUCAUAAGUACCCAAAGAAGCUAUAUACAUAAAAACUGGAUACUAAUAGCUGUUUUGCAAAUUUAAGAGCAAAUUUCAAAUCUGUGCACUUUUUUUGUACACCCUGUAUAUGCAGACACACAAAUUCCUUUAUUUAUCAAAUCAUGGAUGUCAGUAAGUGUAACACAAGUAGGCAUAUACAGUACUAUAUUAGAAAGAGGUUGUCACAUGCCAACUGCUUUUCGUCAGGUUUAGCAUAUUUGCAUGAUAUUACAGCCAAUUUAACUAUUAGCCAUGCUUUAAUAGACAUGCCAAAAUACUAUUCCAGAAAACAAUACAAUUUAAUAUAAUCCCUUUAUUAAACAAAUUAUACCUUUCUUAUCGUUCCAUUCUUCGUUUUGCUUUCGAAAUUAUGCCAGAUGAUUUCCUCAAAUUGUAAUUCCUUCGCUCAACAAUUUAUACAUUAAUUAUUUAUCUUCUGUAAUCAGUGCCAAAUACUACAAUUUCAUUGGUUUAGAGGAGUGCAAUUUGAGCAUUAAUCGCACCUUUUCUGAGCUGUAAUCGCACUCUUGUCUACAGCCAAUGAAAAUCAGUCUAGUAUUUACAACUAGCCAAUCAGCAUUCAGGAUACAAACCUUGAAUUUUAUUUUCUUUAUUGCUGUAAAAAAUUUCAAAUGGAGGAAUUCAUAAAUUUUGACCUUUUAAUUUUUAAAUCAGCCCUCGAAAACCGUCAAAAUUGAGGUCGGAAAAAAAAUGCCGACCUAAACCUGAUCUAGCUCGGUACAUCUCGGCAUUUUUUAAAAUCUGUUUCCAUGUCUUGGAGCACUAGUAGCCUGCACUAGUAAUCACGUAUUUACGAAUCAUUGAAAAGUAUAAAUGUCACAAAGCCUUUUCUUUUAGAGUUUUACCUAAAUUAUAUCAUAAAUAUACCCAUUAAUUCUUAAACCUUACACCAACAUGCAUCAAAUUGUAUAAUUGCUGACUUUUUAAACAGCUAUAAGGACCAAAAAAGAUUAUUACUUUGGCUGAAUUAAGGUCGGCAAAACAUUGCUGACAUGGGAGGUUGAUAGGUCAGCAUUUUGAUACUGUAGGUCGGCAUUGCCGAAUGCAGAUCUCAUUUUCGAGGGUUGUUAAAUUAUAUAUUUUCUGACGAAAAUGACCUACCUGUUCAUCCAGCAGAAGACACCGAACUAAACACAACCAGGAGUCAUAUUUCAAUCCAAUUCAGAUGAUUAAUUGGACUAAAGAACUUCACUAUUUUGAACACGUUAUAAACAUACAAACAUGGCUUCCCAACUGUGUGUUGAAUAAUUCAAACAAAUGUUGUCAUGUGAUUAUACCGGAAAUAAUGCCCGGAAGUUAAUAAUAUGUUAAUUUGAUUAUAUAUGAUAAACAAUAAUUCAAAAUUGUACUAUUUCACUAAGAAUUGUCGUGACAAAAAUUUAAUAAUUAUAUUGAACUUCAACAAAUUGUAUUUUUCAGCUUUUCCCCCUUAAACAGUUUGAUUACAGAAGGCAAAUAAUUAAUAAGUAAUAGAACAAAUUAAAGUCGUACUAUUAAUGCCAUAAUCAUACUUGUGAUUAACAAAUCAACCUCCCGCUACGCGGUCGGUUGAUUUUGUAAUCACUCGUAUGAUUAUGGCAUUAAUAGCACUCCUAUUCGUUCUAUUACCAUCAUUAAUUGUAAACAUUUGGCUGCGUUGAGCGAGCAAUUCAAAAUUUGCACAUCGUUUUUUAUACCACGAGGUACAUUGCGAUAUAUAAUCCAGGAUAUAAUCCUUUCAAUUGACCAAUUAAUUUUCGUAUAACUUCAAUAUUUUGACACAAAAAAAUUUUUAAAGUUUUACUUGCAAGUUUCGCUCCUCGCCCAAAGAUUUCAAACUGAAUAUACAAUAAAGGUCAAAAGCCUACUUAGGGGGUGGGGUACAUUGACACAGCUACUAGGUACAUUGACAAGUCCAUUUUGUUCGAUUUAUGGCAGGCCUCUCUCCCAGAAACAUUUUUUUUAAAAACCCAUUCACAGGCUAAAACCCAUAGAUUAGAGAGGCCUGUAAGGAUAUCACGUGACUCAUGCAUGCGAGCACAUGGGACGUCGAAGGAACGUUGAACAAGGACUGAGUAUAGUUGAGUUAUCAAGUAAAGUUAAAUGUAGUUUAUACGGCAUAAGAUAAAUAAAAUAUAUAACGUUACAUGGUGUCAGAAAAGGGAUUUUAAUCAAAGAUACAAGAACACGAAAUGGCAGAACAAAUCCCAGCCCCAAAACCGUUGAAACUCGAUGGAAAUGCAGCUGAAAAUUGGCGGCGUUGGAAGAAAGCCUUCGAGCUAUACAUGACCGCUACUGAGAAAGACAAAAAGUCGCAGAAAAUACAGUGUGCAACGUUUUUGACCUUGGCUGGCGAAGCAGCGAUUACAGUUUACGAAACACUCACGUUUGAAGAUACAGAAAAAGAUAAAAUCGAGCCGUUAGUAGCGAAAUUUGAAGCGUAUUGUCUUCCAAAAAAAAAUGUCACGCACGAAAGGCAUGUGUUUAACUUGAGGAAACAAAAGCCUGACGAAUCGGUAGAGCAGUUUGUGACGGAACUGAAACGAUUAGCAAAGAACUGUGAGUAUGGAGAACUUACAAACUCGAUCGUUAAAGACAGGAUUGUCGAAGGAAUCAGCAAUGACAGAACUCGAGCACGGCUUCUUCGAGAAAAAGAUUUAUCGCUAGAAAGGUGUAUGGACGUGUGCAAAGCAGCAGAAGUUGCCGACAAGCAUAUGAAAACCUUAACAGAUAAGUCACGUAAAUCGGAAGAAAUUGAUGCAGUUUAUAGUCGAGGAAGGAAUUAUCGAAGAGAAACGCAUUCAGGAUUAACGGGCAACGGCGGUAAAGAUAAAAAAUUUUAUAACAACAGAUUAAAUUGCAGCAGAUGUGGUCAGGGAAACCAUAGUUAUGAUAAAUGCCCAGCUGUGGGAAAAGAAUGUAGAAAUUGUCACAAGAAAAAUCAUUUUAUGAGUCAAUGUAGAACCCGAGACAAAGAAUUGCCAAAAUAUCCAAGAAAACAUCGAGUCGAUGCGGUAGAGAACAACGGUAAACAAGAGAGGGACGCUGAACCAAGUAGUGAGUCUAGUGACGAACAUGAAUUCUAUGUUUAUUCGACGGAAACGACCGCUGACAAGUCAGAUCCAUGGAUACUUCCAUUGGAAGUAAACAACAGUAUAGUUACUUUUAAAGUAGACACUGGCUCGGAUGUCAAUGUAAUGAGUUAUAACGAGUUUAAGACACUUCAGAACAGACCGAAGUUGAAACAAUCGAAGACUAAACUGAAAGCAUACAACGGGGGAGAUGUUCAAGUGCAAGGUCAGUGUAUUUUAUCCUUAAAGUUGAAAGAGAAAUCUGUGAAAGCGCUGUUUUUAAUCAGCCCUGAUGAUGUUAAACCUAUUUUGGGAAGGGAACUUUCUGAAAAGUUAAAUCUUGUGAAAAGAACAUUUUCUAUUGAGCAGUCGAACAGUUCGAAUAAUUUAACGGGCAGCAGGUAUAACAAUGCAAAACUAAGUGAGAAAUAUGCUGACUGUUUCGAAGGACUAGGCUGUUUACCUCAUACUGUAAAAAUCGAGUUAAGAGAUGAUGCAACACCAGUUGUUGAGCCUUGUCGCAAAAUACCCUUCGCGCAGUAUGAUAAGCUCAAAGACGAACUACAACGAAUGGAAGCUAUGGGCGUGAUUGAAAAGAUCGAAGAACCGACUGAGUGGGUUAACUCAUUUGUGCCAGUUACUAAGCCAAAUGGAAACUUACGUGUUUGCUUAGACCCAAGAAACUUGAACAAAUCAAUAAAACGUGAACAUUUCAAGUUACCUACACGAGACGAAGUUACAGCUCAAUUUGCAAAUGCCAAGGUAUUUACUAAACUAGAUGCCUCAAAUGGGUUUUGGCAAAUGAAGCUUGAAGACGAAAGUACUAAUUUAUGUACUUUCAAUACCCCUUUUGGGAGAUACAAAUACUUACGACUCCCAUUUGGAAUCUCCAGUGCCCCAGAGAUUUAUCAUAGAACCAUUAACUCUUUGUUUAGUCACUUAGAAGGCGUAGAUACUUCUAUGGAUGACAUCAUCAUUUAUGGAUCAACCCCACAAGAACAUGAUCAAAGGUUGGAAGCAACAAUGAAAGUUGUGAAAGAAGUUGGACUGAAACUUCAAAAAGCAAAAUGCGAAGUGGGUGUACAACAGUUGACUUACCUGGGGGACACAAUUUCGGCUGAGGGAUUGAAACCUGAUCAGAGAAAAGUUGAGGCAAUCCAGAACAUGGAAAGACCUGGAAACAAAACAGACCUCCAGAGAUUCCUAGGUAUGAUUAAUUAUCUUGCUAGAUACAUACCAGAUUUAUCCACUAGAACAAUGCCAUUAAGAAAGUUGUUAGACCAGAAGGUGUUGUGGAUGUGGGACAAUGAGCAAGAGAAAGCAUGGAAAGAAUUGAAGGAACUUGUUUCAAGCGAACCUGUGUUAAAGUUCUACGAUCCAAACAAGCCCAUAAAGAUUUCAACCGAUGCAAGUAGGAGUGGCUUAGGAGCAGUACUGCAGCAGCUACAUGGUGAAAAUUGGCUUCCAGUAGCAUAUGCAUCGAGGUCAGUUACAGAUUGUGAGAGCAGAUAUGCAACAAUUGAACUUGAGACACUAGGCAUGACAUUUUCUUGUGAAAGAUUCCACCAGUACAUAUACGGUCAAGAAUUCGAAAUAGAGACAGACCACAAACCAUUAGUGUCAAUUUUCAAACAAUCACUAAUUGAUAGCCCGCCACGAAUACAGCGGUUGAGAUUACGAUUACAGAAAUAUGAUUUCAAACUUUCGUACGUUCCUGGUAAGUGGAUGCAUACACCAGAUGCAUUAUCCAGAGCACCCCUGAAGCUGGCAAGUAAGUCAGACUGCCAUGUUGAAGCUCAUGUUGAUGGAAUCAUAGCAGUGCUACAAGUCACAGAUGAGAAACUAAAAGAGAUUAAAGAGGAAACCCAAAAGGACAAAACAAUUUAAGUGCACGAAAUAUUUUCGUGACGACUUAACGCUUGUCUUUGAGGACGCGCAGUGUUUCAAUUCUAUUUCAGAACCAUCCUCAGAGAUAGGAAAACUAGUUUCAUAUUAAUCUGACACUUAAGUCGUCACGAAUCUGACAUACUAAGUCGUCACGAAAAUAUUUCGUGCACUUAAAUUGGAUAAGACUCGCUACCAAUCCCUGUUGACUCGAUAGCUCAAUAGGUAGAGCGGCGGUCUAGAUACCCGAAGAUGCGAGUUCAAAUCCCGCUCGAGCCAACGAAUUUUUCGUUGCUCGAUUGCAGUGUCAGAUUAAUAUGAAACUAAUACAUAUUUUCAUUUUUCACACUUAUUUUCAAACUUACUGUACACUUUAGAGCCAAACGAAAGCCAUUCACGUUGCAGUCUGAACUACAAAUUGAACAUGGAAAAUCAAAACAAAACCUCAGUCAAGCAAGCAAUCAAAAUAUUAGAGACAGUGUUACCUUCCAAAAUUGCAAAAUUUGUCGAAUCACAGAUUGAUCUUCAUUCCAAGAAGGCAAAAGGGCAGAGGUACAUCAAUGAAACCAAAGCAUUUGAACUAACAUAUCAUCUGAGUGGAAAAGCAUAUAAAAUGGUCUCAAAGCUCUUCCAUUUACCUUCAAAGUCAAGCAUUUUGAAAUGGAUUUCUAGAAUGCCCAAGUCGUGCAGCAGAGAAGCUUGAGGAUGCCUAAUCCAAAGUGGAAAACAUUGGCUUACAGGUGACAUAUAUAGUAUACAUAUAUCACCAUUAGUAAAUAUUUUCUUCCUGUCCUGUCAGAGUGAAACCGUGCAGUCAAUGUUGAUAAUGCAGUUAUUGGGUUUGAUUGUUAAUUAUGGGAUUGUUACAAUUUAACCUGGAAUAAAUUCAUUGCAUUAUAUUGUAUAAUUUGAUAUUACCAAAUCUUAUACAAUCCAUCAAUCUGUUUAGGUUGUAGCUGUAGUGUCUGAUAUUAGAUCCAACUUCCUGAAAUUUGUCAGGGAAAUGGGCAUUACAGCAGAAAGUCCUGGGUUUCUUCACAAUGGGAAGAAAAUUUUUUACAUUUUUGAUGCUCCUCAUAUCAAGGCAGUGCGGAACAACUUGCUAAAGUACGACUUUCACUUUAAUGGUAAAGUGGCAAGUUGGAAAGACAUUGUUGCAUUAUAUGAGAUGGACAGCAAAAAUUCCAUCAGGUGCUGUCCCAAGCUGAUCACACAACACUUACAUCCCAAAAGGUUCACAAAAAUGAAGGUGAAGCUAGCAACACAAGUAUUAAGUCGCACAGUGUCAGCCACAAUACUGAUGGCAGUUAGUGGUGGCCUUCUUCCUGCAUCAUCUACUGGCACUUCAGAGCUACUCUCCCUAUUUGACGAAACCUUCGACUGCCUCAACAGCUCCACGUUCAAUUCUCCAAAGAUAGCUAAUCAGCCAAUAACCACUGACUCCCCACAUGAAGACAUGAUGGUCAGGAUGAAAAGCUUUGUUGAAGAAAUCAAAGUCAUUGAUCCAACCACUAGAAAAGAUGUCACCACCACACUAAAGUGA